GUUUACUGAGGCCCCAAACUUCCCUUGAGUGGCCUCACCUUCAUGUAACCUAGGAACCUCAAGAGCAGAUAAAAAGAGAGGGCUUAGGGAGGGGUUGCUUUAGGACAGCUGAGAGAAAUGGGCGCAUCCUUCUUCCUAGGCUCCUCGCAAACAAAAACAGCAAAGAGACGUCUCCUCUCUUCCUUUUUGUGAGUGCAUAUUUGUCAAUUUAUAUUAUAAACUUGACAGUGGCAUUUUCCACAGGCAAAAAGGAAUCAAAGAUCUAAGUCCAGCAGACUGUUCAAAGAAUGGCCGAGGGAAGACGAAAUGAUUUACUGAUGAACACCACCCUAAUAAAUGAGCUGGCAGAAGAGGCAAAAGACUCAGCACUUCUGCAGGGUUUCCUUAUAAGACUGAAAGAAUCCCCCAACUCGUCAGAGGAGGUGACAUAUGCUCCCAUCACGCUCUUCCCCACGCCAAUGCCAAAAGCUAUUUUCCUCCAAGCCAUGGAAGUGCAAAUUCACUUCAACAUACUGGUGGAUAAGAUCAGCCAGGAUCCCGAUUUCCUGCAAGAGGCGCUUGCCAGCACCAUUACUGUGGACGAUUUCACUGCAAAGUUGUUCAAGAUACACCAACAUGUCCUCAAAGAGGGAAGGUCGCAGUCGAUUGUGUUGGGCUUAAAUCGAUCAGACUACAUGUGGGACCAGAAGGAUGGACACACCUCUCUGAAACAGAUCGAAAUCAACACCAUUUCUGCUGGUGCUGGAGGUGCCGCCGCACGGAUGACUGAUGUACACCGACACAUCCUCAAGGUCACUGGACAGCUGGAAGAGAGCCAGCGCAUCAUUGAUAACAACCCUGCGGAAGGUCUGGCCAAGGCUUUGGCCAAGGCUUGGGAGCUCUACGGAUCAAGGCGAGCGGUUGUCAUGUUCCUGGUGGCGGAGAAUGAGAUCAAUAUCAUGGAUCAACGAGUAGUUGAGAAUGAGCUGUGGAAAAGGAAUAUUGCCACCAUACGAAAGCGUUUUGAAGAUGUCUCCGCAUCUGGAAACCUUGACAAGGACAAGAGACUGUUUGUUAAUUGUCAAGAAGUUGCAGUCGUGUACUUCAGGUACGGCUAUAUGCCUCAGAACUACAAGUCUGAAAAGGCCUGGGAUGCCCGCCUGAUGAUGGAGUGCUCUUUGGCUGUGAAAUGUCCGGAUAUCAGCACCCACCUGGCUGGAACAAAGAAGAUCCAGCAGGUGCUUGCUAAGCCCGGUGUUCUGGAGCAUUUCUUCCCCGAUCAGCCGCAAGUCGUGGAGCAAGUGAGGGCCACCUUUGCUGGCCUCUAUACUCUCGACAUGGUGAGCAACAAUAUGGGGCUGUGCAACCUAAUGCAGUUGUCGUCCACGAAAGCUCUUUUCCUCACUCAACCUUGUUGGAAUGUAAUACAGAAAACCGUGAUCUAAUGACGACUGCACGUCUCAAAGAAAUCAUCAACAUGACUUUUUCCAUUCAAGUUUAAACAUUCAAAUUCAGCUCACACUGUUCCAUGAAGACAGGGGUUAUCUUGAUCUUAUUUAGUGUAUGUUCAACAUGGCAAAGUCAGUGCAUUGUCAAGUCAAAUUGAUUUAUAUCACCCUU